AUGGAACCUAGUGGUGGCAAACAGAAAGUCCUACAAAAUACAGGGAAAUAUGUGUCUGAAACAAGAACCGAAGGUGAUGAUUUCUACAAUGAAGCUGGUUACCGACAGUCACGAGAAAAUGAUAAAAUUGAUUCCAAAUAUGGAUUUGAUCGUGUCAAAGAUGGUUUGGAAAGAACUGGAUAUCUUAUUAACAUGCAUACGACUGAAAUCCUAGAUGAGGAUCGUCGUUUGGUUGCCGCUUUGGAUUUAUUCUUUAUACAAAUGGAUGGUUCACGUUUCAAGUGCACGGUUGCAUAUAAACCAUAUUUGCUGGUGAAACCGGAUGAAAAUCAAGCUCUGGAAUUGGCUAGAUUUCUUAGUAGAAAAUAUUCCGGACAAUUGGCUGGUGUUGAACACAUCUAUAAAGAAGAUUUAGAUUUACCCAAUCAUUUGGCUGGCAUCAAACAAGAAUAUUUAAAAUUAUCAUUUCUCAAUCAAACAGCUAUGACGAAAGUUCGUCGUGAAAUUAUGGCAGCUGUACGCAAAAAUACUGAACGUGAAAAAUCCAAUACAUUUUAUUUGCAAAUGUUGGCAAAUUCUCUGGCAGCAAAUGCCUCCAAUGAUGCUGAAGGUGCUAAAAAGCAAAUGGACUAUAUGGAUUGCAUUAGGGAAUUGAGGGAACAUGAUGUGCCCUAUCAUGUAAGGGUCUCCAUUGAUUUGAAAAUAUUUUGUGGUCAAUGGUAUAAUAUUCGAUGUCGCAGUGGUGGCAUGGAAUUGCCAAUAAUAACAUGUCGUCCGGAUAUUUUGGAACGUCCCGAACCGGUUGUGUUGGCUUUCGAUAUAGAAACGACAAAAUUACCAUUGAAAUUUCCUGAUGCUCAAACCGAUCAAAUCAUGAUGAUAUCAUACAUGAUUGAUGGUCAGGGAUAUUUAAUUACAAAUCGUGAAAUUAUUUCAUCGGAUGUGGAUGAUUUUGAAUAUACACCUAAACCAGAAUUCGAAGGCAAUUUCAUAGUCUUCAAUGAGGAGAAUGAAAUGCAGCUAAUACAGAAAUUCUUUGAUCAUAUUAUGGAGGUAAGGCCGCACAUUGUGGUCACAUACAAUGGAGACUUUUUCGAUUGGCCCUUUGUCGAAACUAGAGCGGCUGUGUAUGAUUUGGAUAUGAAACAGGAAAUUGGAUUUUCAAAAUCAAGAGAUGGUAAUUAUCUAUGCAGACCAUCUAUUCACAUGGAUUGUUUAUGUUGGGUAAAACGUGAUUCUUAUCUACCCGUUGGUUCACAAGGUCUAAAAGCUGUGGCAAAAGCCAAAUUACGUUAUGAUCCUGUUGAAUUGGAUCCCGAAGAUAUGUGUAAAAUGGCUGUGGAACAACCACAAGUCCUUUCCAACUAUUCCGUGUCUGAUGCUGUCGCCACAUAUUAUUUGUAUAUGAAAUAUGUACACCCCUUCAUAUUCGCCUUGAACACUAUUAUCCCCAUGGAACCUGAUGAAAUUUUACGCAAAGGCUCUGGUACUCUUUGCGAAACAUUACUUAUGGUACAGGCUUAUCAUGCCAACAUCGUCUAUCCAAAUAAACAACAAAGUGAAUUGAAUAAAUUAUCAAGUGAGGGUCAUGUCCUAGAUUCGGAAACAUAUGUCGGCGGUCAUGUCGAGGCUUUAGAAUCGGGUGUAUUUCGUGCAGAUAUUCCAUGCCGUUUUCGUUUAGAUCCAAAUAUGGUUCAGACAUUAAUUGGAAAUGUCGAUCGUGUUCUAAAACAUGCCAUUGAAGUGGAAGAGGGUAUACCAUUGGAUAAGGUGACCAAUUUAGAAGAGGUCCACAAAGAAAUUUGCCAAGCCCUGCAAGGUCUUCACGAUAUACCAAAUCGUUUGGAACAACCUGUAAUUUAUCAUUUGGAUGUAGGUGCUAUGUAUCCCAAUAUUAUUUUAACGAAUCGUUUACAACCCUCGGCAAUGGUCAGUGACACCGAUUGUGCUGCUUGCGAUUUUAAUAAGCCCGGUGUAAGGUGCAAACGUGUCAUGGAUUGGUUAUGGCGUGGUGAAAUGCUUCCGGCAUCGCGUAACGAAUUUCAACGCAUUCAACAACAAUUGGAGACGGAAAAAUUCCCUCCCCUUUUCCCCGGAGGUCCCACUAGGGCAUUUCAUGAACUUUCCAAAGAAGAUCAGGCUGCCUACGAAAAGAAACGUUUGGCUGAUUAUUGUCGCAAGGCCUAUAAGAAAACCAAAAUUACAAAACUGGAAACUCGAACAGCCACCAUAUGUCAAAAGGAGAACAGUUUUUAUGUCGACACCGUUAGAGCCUUUCGUGAUCGACGUUAUGAAUAUAAAGGUCUGACCAAGGUAGCCAAAGCUGCAGUAAGUGCUGCUCUUGCCUCUGGAGACGCUUCGGAAAUUAAGGCCGCUAAAGGUCGCGAAGUUUUGUAUGAUUCUCUGCAAUUGGCCCACAAAUGUAUUUUGAAUUCUUUCUAUGGUUAUGUGAUGAGACGUGGUGCUAGAUGGCAUUCCAUGCCUAUGGCUGGAAUUGUGUGUCUGACCGGUUCAAAUAUUAUCACCAAAGCCAGGGAGAUUAUAGAACGUGUCGGACGACCAUUAGAAUUGGAUACCGAUGGUAUUUGGUGUAUUCUGCCAGGUUCAUUUCCACAAGAAUUUACCGUUCACACUACGCACGAAAAGAAAAAGAAAAUCAACAUCUCAUAUCCCAACGCUGUGCUGAAUACAAUGGUCAAAGAUCACUUUACUAAUGAUCAGUACCAUGAAUUGGUAAAGAAACGCGAAGAAGGAUCAUCCGAGCCACCAGAGUAUACAAUUAGAGAAGAAAAUUCAAUUUUCUUUGAGGUUGAUGGCCCCUACUUGGCCAUGGUCUUACCAGCCUCCAAGGAGGAGGGUAAAAAAUUGAAGAAGAGAUAUGCCGUAUUUAAUUUUGAUGGCUCCCUAGCCGAAUUGAAAGGUUUUGAGGUGAAACGUCGUGGUGAAUUGCAGUUGAUUAAAAAUUUCCAAAGUUCUGUGUUCGAGGCAUUUUUGGCCGGUAGUACUUUGGAGGAGUGUUAUGCUUCUGUGGCUAAGGUCGCGGACUAUUGGUUGGAUGUCUUGUAUAGCCGCGGUUCAAAUUUACCCGAUUCCGAAUUGUUUGAAUUGAUUGCCGAAAAUAAGUCCAUGUCCAAGAAAUUAGAAGAGUACGGAGAUCAAAAGAGUACCUCUAUAUCGACGGCCAAACGUUUAGCCGAGUUUUUGGGAGAACAAAUGGUAAAAGAUGCAGGCUUAGCUUGUAAAUAUAUAAUAUCUCGAAAGCCUGAAGGUGCUCCUGUCACCGAAAGAGCCAUACCUUUGGCUAUUUUCCAAUCCGAACCGAGUGUAAGGAGACAUCAUUUAAGACGUUGGCUAAAAGACAACACCAUGGGCGAUUCGGAUAUAAGAGAUGUUUUAGAUUGGAAUUACUAUAUAGAACGUUUGGGUGGAGCUAUCCAGAAAAUUAUAACAAUUCCUGCAGCAUUACAAGGCCUACCUAAUCCGGUACCCAGAGUACAACAUCCCGAUUGGUUGCACAAAAAAAUUUCCGAAAAAAACGAUGUCUUUAAACAGCGACGUAUCAAUGAAAUGUUUACCAGCAGACCUAAACCCAAACCGGCAUUACCCUCUUCGAGUAACGAUAGUGAUGCCAAGAAUGUCGACAUAGCUGAUAUGGAAGAUUUGGCAGGUUGCGAAGAUAACUCCGAUGGUAGGCCCAGAGUCACCAAGCGUAGGAGAAACAAUUCUGGAGAUGAUGGCGAUGGCGAAAAUGCACAACCAGAAGCAUCAUCUUGGCGUCAAGCAUUGGGUGCGCCUCCAGCGAUUGGCACAACUCGCAAGGAAAUUGUGGAGUGGGUUAAAUUUCAGAAACGUAAAUGGGAAUGGCAGUUGGAGCGACGUCAACGUUAUAGGCAGCAGAAUAAACGCAUGCGUAAUGAUGAAUCCAACUCCUCUGCCAACGAUCCUCAAAAUGCAUCUAAAGGUGCCACAUCCACGGCAACACUGGGUGGUUUCCUGCGUCGGGCACAAAGAACUCUACUCGACCAGGUGUGGCAAAUAUUACAAAUUAUACCAGUCGACGACUUGGGUCACUUCACGGUGUGGGCUAUGAUUGGCGAUGAGUUGCACCGAAUCAAACUAACUGUGCCGCGCAUAUUCUAUGUCAAUCAAAGAAGUCUCGCACCUCCCGAAGAGGGACAAAUGUGGAAAAAAGUUAAUCGUGUUUUGCCUCGUUCCCGCCCUGUAUACAACUUGUAUAGAUACAGUGUUCCCGAGCAGGUCUUCAAAGACAAUUGUCUAGGAAUGUUGGCCGAUUUGGCAACACCGGAUAUUGAAGGUAUUUACGAGACCCAGAUGUCUUUGGAAUUCAGAGCUCUCAUGGAUAUGGGUUGUUUAUGUGCCGUACAGCGUGAAGAGGCACGUCGCCUCGCCGGCCUGGCUACUAAAGAUCUGGAAAGUUUCAAUAUUGAACAGCUGGAACAGAAAUCUCAGGCACACAUAAAAUAUCUGCAGGGGUCCAAUGCCAAAUUGAGAAAAAUAUUUCUCUAUCAACAUAACAUACCCACGGCGAAGAAAGAGAUAUGGGCAUUGUUCCUGAUGGCCAGUAAAAAGGCCAUUGUAAUUGCCCUGGACACAGUGCGUACAAAUCAAAUGCCGAAUAUGAAAAAUCUAUAUACAGCUGAACGUUUAGCCCUGAUUAAGAAUCUUCAAAGUGCCGAAGAUAUUGAAAAAGUUCCCGCUGAGGAUUUUCAAUUUGAAAUAUUCAUUGAAGUUGAUGUGAAGCAGGUUUAUCGUCACAUUCAAAGGGCAUUGACCACAUACAAGGAUGAGAAACGUGGACCAUCAUUGAUUUGCAUACAAACGGCUUUGGAGGCGCGAAAAUUGAGUACCAAUAUGCCAAUUUUGCUGGAUUUCCCCCAGGCACAAAUCCACAUAUCGGACGAUGCCUCAUUGCUGUCGGGUUUAGAUUGGCAAAGACAGGGUUCUAGGGCAUUGGUCAGACAUUUUUUGAAUCUUAAUAAUGUGGUGGAAUUGAUGUUAGAUCAGUGUCGUUACUUCCACGUCCCCAUUGGGAACAUGCCUCCCGAUACCGUUCUCUUCGGAGCAGAUUUAUUUUUUGCCCGCUUGCUGCAAAAACACAAUUUUGUUUUAUGGUGGUCGGCUACAACCAGACCAGAUUUGGGUGGUCGUGAGGCAGAUGAUAGCAGAUUGUUGGCCGAAUUUGAGGACAGUGUUACAGUGGUACAAAAUCAAGCCGGUUUCUACCCAGAUGUUUGUGUUGAGCUGGCCUUAGACAGUUUGGCUGUUUCUGCGCUGCUGCAAUCAACAAAAAUUCAAGAAUUAGAAGGGGCAUCCUCAGCAAUUACCUUCGAUGUUAUACCACAAGCAUCGCUGGAGGAAAUGAUUGGUACUGUACCGGCAGCCACACUGCCGAGUUAUGAUGAAACUGCCUUAUGUUCUGCUGCCUUUAGGGUUAUGCGUUCCAUGGUCAAUGGCUGGCUAAGAGAAGUCUCGAUAAAUAGAAAUAUAUUUUCAGAUUUUCAAAUUGUCCAUUUCUAUAGAUGGGUGAGGUCAAGUAAUGCCCUGCUGUAUGAUCCCGCUUUGAGAAGAUCCCUCAACAAUCUUAUGCGGAAAAUGUUUUUACGUAUUGUGGCGGAAUUUAAGCGUUUGGGUGCCACAAUAAUUUAUGCUGAUUUUAAUCGUAUUAUAUUGUCAUCGGGCAAGAAAUCUGUGGCCGAUGCCCUGGGCUAUGUGGAUUAUGUGGUACAGUCGCUUAGGAACAAGGAGAUGUUUCAUUCAAUUCAAUUGUCAUUUGAACAAUGUUGGGAUUUUAUGCUAUGGCUGGAUCAUGCCAAUUAUUCUGGCAUUCGUGGUCGUCUACCAAAGGGUUUGGAUGAAACCACACUGGGAGAUGUUACGGCUGCCGCAUUGGCUGCACAAUCGGAGAAACGUCAACGUACUAAUAACGAUAAUUCUGAUAAUGAAAACGAUGAUGAUGAUGACGACGAUGUAGAAGAAGUUCCCCGAGCCGAAGAAGAUGAUGACAAUCCGGCUAGUGAAGAGGAACAGUUAUCGUUAGAACUGAAUUGGACCAUAAGUGAACAUUUGCCAGAAGAAAAUGAAUGUCGGGAAAAAUUCGAAGCUAUUGUUACGUUGUUUAUGCAAUCUUUAGCCGAACGUAAAACGACAAAACAGGCUAUCAAAGAUAUUUCCCACUUGGCAUUCGAUUUUAUUAUUAAAUUGCAUAAAAACUAUGGCAAGGGUAAACCGAGUCCUGGUCUAGAUUUAAUACGAACGCUAAUAAAAGUAUUAAGUGUCGAUAAGGGCCUCAUGGAGGAUAUCAAUGAUUUUCGUCGGAAUAUGUUGCGUUUAGUUGGUAUUGGAGAAUUUUCCGAUUUAGCCGAAUGGAAAGAUCCCUGCGAUAGUUAUACCAUUUCGGAGGUGAUUUGUAAGGCAUGCAAUCAUUGUCGUGAUUUGGAUUUGUGUAAGGAUAAACAUCGAGCAAUGAAGGAUGGAAUACCCGUUUGGCUGUGUGCUCAAUGUUUUGUGGCAUACGAUAAUGAAGAAAUCGAAAUGCGUAUGAUUGAUGUUGUCCAGCGGAAACUUAUGUCAUAUGUCCUACAAGAUUUACGUUGCGCCCGUUGUAAUGAAAUCAAACGGGAAAAUUUGGCCCAGUUUUGUACUUGUGCUGGUGAUUUUGUGCCCCUAAUCUCAGGCAAGGAAAUAGACCAUCUACUGAGAACGUUCCAGAAUGUGGCAGAUUACCAUAAAAUGGAAUUGUUACAUGAAACCGUUCAACAAAUUAUUGCCACCAAAUAA